CUUCGGCAAGGAAAGGGGGCACAGGCUGACAUCAUGUACACGUGGAGCCAAAAUGGAGAUGAUUACGUCUCCAGUUUCAUAGGAGUUCCUACCGUAUGAACUUUGGCUCUGUCCAUGUAUUAUCAUUGUUAACAUGGCGGAUGUUGGGAUAACUGAAUCAGAACAGGAAGUCGAGAAGAAAAUCGAAGAGAUCAGACAGCGAUUCAAGACCGAGUACAUCCAAGACCCAACAGACAAGUACGACGAGCGGGAUGUGGACAGGCUGAGGAAAGACGACCUGCUGGUCGAAAGCUACCUCACGUGGCGUCACUUCGUUGUAGACGAUGCCCUGAAAAUGAUAGACGAGAGCUUCCAGUGGAGAAAGGAAUACAAAGUUAAUGAUCUCACUGAGAGCAGUAUCCCCCGGUGGAUGUUUGAAACUGGUGCGGUUUAUCUCCAUGGUUACGAUAAAGAGGGCAACAAGUUAUUCUGGUUCAAGGUGAAGCUGCAUGUAAAGGAUGCCAAGAUGGUGGUGGACAAGAAGAAAUACGUGGCGUUCUGGUUGGAGCGCUACGCGAAAAGAGAGCCUGGAAUGCCCCUGACCGUGGUGUUCGAUAUGUCAGAGUCUGGGCUCAGCAAUAUCGAUAUGGACUUUGUGAAGUACAUCAUAAAUUGCUUCAAGGUGUACUAUCCUAAAUUCCUUUCUAAAAUGGUGAUGUAUGAAAUGCCAUGGAUUAUGAAUGCCGCCUGGAAGAUUGUGAAGAGUUGGCUUGGCCCGGAGGCAAUAAACAAACUGAAAUUUGUCACAAAAAGUGACGUACAGGAGUACAUUGGUGCCGAAUACCUUCCACCACAUAUGGGAGGAACUGAUUCCUUUAAAUACAGCUAUCCUCCCCUGCCAGACGAUGAUUUCCAAUCCCCCAUAUCUGAAAAUGGACCAAUUACUAGUGAAGAUGAAGCUGAAAGCAAAGACGGUGAAGCAGAGGGCAGAGACACCCUGGAGUCUGGUCCCAAUGCUGAGCAAGCCCUAAAGGUCAAAAAGGUGACUUUUCUGGAAGAAAGUUUAAGACAAGACGAAUAUGACAAAGGGGAUGCAGUAAGUAAGACCAAAACAGCCAGAAAACCCAUGUCGACAUUCAAAGGGGCAUUGCUUCACAUAAGCCCGGCAGAGGAAAUUUGCUUUGGAUCAAAAGACUGUGAAAGGAAAUGUCUGAUUAUCUUGAACAAUGUGACCAAAAAUCACGUAGCCUUUAAGGUUCGAACAACUGCACCUGAAAAAUACAGAGUUAAGCCAAGUAACACCAGCUGUGAGCCUGGUGUUUCUGUAGACAUCAUCGUGUCUCUUCAUGGAGGGUUCCAGGCCUCUCCCCAGGAUCGAUUCUUGAUAAUGGCAGCUGAAAUGGACCAGGGUCCUGGAACAGGUUCUCAAGAGCUUGCCCAGUUCUGGAAAGAAGUGCCAAAAAGCAAAAUAAUGGAACACAGAUUAAGGUGUCACAUUAUUGAAAGAAGUAUCCCCACCAGUUUAUCCAAAGACAUCCCACUCAGCAAUGGGAAAACCAGCCCUGAAGAUCUGCAUUCUAAACUCAUCCGAGUCAUGGCCAGCAGUAAAAGGCUUGAAGAGCAGAUCGAUCACUGCCUGUGGCUUCAGAAAAUGUUGAUAGGUCUAGUAUCCCUCUUAAUGGCCGCAACGUGCUUCAUCCUGCAUCUCCUGUACACGGGCAGUAGUCGAUUGUAAGAGGGUUGUUUUUUCAAUCAAGGAUGCCAUGCUGUCUACAUUUAGACUCAGCGUUAACAGCUGCUCUGUUUGCUAAUAAGCUGAUAUUAAAGAUGCUUAAUCUGAUGCAGACACCAAAAUAAUGAAGCCAAUUGUAGAUAUCUAGGUUGAGACCUGAACUGAGCCAUUAUGUUUGUUACUCUUAAAUCUGGUAGAAGGCAAGCUGAGGCAGUGCAGUGUCUCCACAAGGUAUUUCGUGAAUCACUGCGUUUCCUAUAUGGAUUUGUGUACAAGUUCAGUUACAACAGAGGAUACAAAUGACCAGCCAGUUUUGUUUUUGUUAUGGAUUUCCUUAAUAUGAAGAUAGAAUUAUUUAUUAUCUUGGUACGGUGGUUUCCAGAAUUUAUGUACAGUUCUUGCUUUAAAUUGAUGUGUGUAACACUGUAAAAUUGCACAGUUUCGUUAAGCUUGUUUUUUCUAGACUUGUUUUGGUGGAACAGGCAUAUUUUUAAUGACUGCUGAUUUUUUUUUUUUACUUUUUUUGUCUAGCAUUAAAAGAUACAUUUAUAUUAUUUUAAUAGAAAUCGUAUUUGGUAUAAUCUCAAUAAACAUAAAUGCAGUAUUUCA